AUGAAAAUUGCCUUUCAAUUUCAAUGCGUGACAUCGAAAUUGGAGAAAGUGUUGGAAACCCUACCAUAUGAUCAUUUUGACAUCUCCGAAGAAGUGCAAGAACAGGUUAAAUUGGUGAGAACUCAAUUGAGACGAGCCGCAGAAAGAUAUGGUAAAACAAGUUUACCAUCUUGUGCCUUGUCUCAGCCGCUGGACGGACAGAUUGAACCGCAAGAAUCAGCAAACAGUAAAAUCGGAAGCUUGAACAAGGAAAAUAUUUGUAAUCUUGAUCAUGAAGUCAGAGCAAUGGUGGAAAGUGCAAAAGAUUCCAUAUUAGAUCAGACGAUUCACAAAGUGGAAAGGCCGAGAAAACUCCUCCACGACAUCUAA